AUGGCUAAUCUCCGCACGGUGCCUUCCGAGUAUCCCCGGCCUCUUGUUCGGUCAUCCACCACGGACAGUCUUUGUGAUUCCGAGCCGCACGUCACCAGCUGGGCUGAUUCAACCCUGACAAACACAGUCACUUCCCUCAAGCCGGAGCAUGGCGAAUUGCUUUCUUCAACCAGAGAGGACAAAACCCUCGAUCAGCUACUGCCACCGCCACCUUCACGCGUAGUAAGCGAUACACAGAAUGAUCCUCCUUCUGCCCCAUUGUUCAAUCGCAAUAUUCAGGUUGACUGUCAGGACCUGUGCGCUGCGAUACAGCGUGAAAUCGACCGACACCAGCGGUCCUGA